AUGGUAUCGUUGGUUGGUGGUGAAGAGCCUCGCUCCCUAUCCCGUCAGUCUCCGCCCCCGGCUGCGAUUGAUCUCGCUCAAGCCGAGGUCUAUCAACAAGAAACCGUAACAUCCAAUACUGGCUCCCUUGGCCCUCCUGAUCUUUCUCAGUCAACGGAGUUAAUGGACUAUAUUUUUAAUCCGUUUCCGUUCAUGGCUGUUGAUAAUGUUGAUCACAGUCUGGCCGGUUUUCCGGCAUCAUUUUUUCUGGACUCAAUUCCACAAAGUUCAGGCUUUCCAGAUGAGAAGUUACAGUCACUGCCAUACGGUACCCCAAAUGUACCGCCAUUUGACGAUGGAACUCGUCAUCACAGCGGACAGAACUUCUCUGCUACUUCAAUGCUCGCCGAUCCGCAUGCAUUACCUACCAAUUCGCAUUCUAUAGAAUUAACGAAAGAAACACCAAUCUUACCAGCAGAGCAUAACCAGCAAAGAGAGUCUACUGCCAACGUUCCCGACUCCAUAUCUGAUGAACAGGAGAUACUAGUUAGCGAGGAUUUCUGCCAUGUCGAACGAAUAUCCGAAGACACGUACAAUGCUAUCUUGGAUUUCUAUCGCGAACACUGCCAGAAACCCAACACACCACAGCCGGCGCCUCCAAGCAUCCAGGUCGUCAACACAUUCGUCCAACUAUAUUUUGAACACUUUCACCCUGUCAUGCCUAUUAUACAUCACGCUUCUUUCAAACCUACACCCGACAAAUGGGUUCUCGUCGCGGCGAUCGCAUCUGUUGGGUGCCAGUACUCUCGCAUUCCUACUCGACCUCAAAUGCACUCCUUCUUCUGGCGUCUUCUUCAGAGUAUCAUUCUCAACCUACCUAUGCAACGACUCCUCCGCAACGACGAGGUCCACAUUGCCCAGGCCGUCCUGCUGCAUAAUCUGUCGCUAUUCGACGGUUCAAAGGACACCGUCUGCACGAUGCAAUAUCAACGAAACAUUCUCAUAACGUUAUGUCGACCAUUCCUUGUGGGACACGCAUCGCCAUUUACUCGGCUAUCGUCCAUAAAUUUGAAAGAAAGUGGCGAAAACUGGUCGCAGUGGACUUUGUCGGAGUCAUGGAAGCGCACUAUUUAUUUUACUUGGGUGCUCGAAUGCGUCCAAUUGAUCUUGUUUGACCUGCCUCCUGCGCUGGCGAUCUGGGAAUUGAGAGUCGGACUUCCUUGCGAUGAUGCUCUAUGGGAUUGCUUGAACUCGGGUGAAUGGGAGCGUCGGUUUCAGUCUGAGGAAGAACCGACGAGCCUUGUCCAACUUUUCAGCACUCUCAGCACCAACAACCCAACCCAAUCACUCGGCCAAACCACCAGUCUGAUCAUUAUGAUCUCCCUAUUCUCCGAGGAGCGAAUACUCCGCAGACAAACUCAAUCUCUCCCGUAUUCUACCUUCCUCUCGUUCGUCGAUUCUUCAUCUCAACUCAACAAAAUCCCCGGCAUCCUAGCCUCCCAAUUCAAAAACCUCGAUCCAUCUCAACGCUGCGGUUCAGACCUAUCCACCCCAUCCCUCCAGCUUCAGAAACUCUACCACUUCCUUUCCAUCAUCCGCCACAUCCCCACGAACACCAUGCACGCAUCGUACGGCUGGAUGACCACAAAAGCAGAAGCCGAGACCGCAGAUUCCCAAGUUGGCGAACUAAUGAAGGACGCGAAACAAGCUCGGGAAUCUCUAGUCCACGCAGCCCAUCUGUUCCGGCUCCUUCGCGAGCAGAACAUCGUCACAUUCUACGACCCUUUCUGUCUAUUGAUCGCGACACAAUAUAUUCGCAAAUAUAUACGCCAUGUGCUGGGGGAAUCUGCCAACGAAAGGUCACAGAUAUUCGGACAGCCUGUGCGCAUUGACCGAUUGAGCCCUGAGGAGCAGAAGGCUUGGAUCCAGGCUGGAGAUGCGGGGUCUGGUGUUCACAUCACUGGUAUCGGCGUGUUGGAGAAACCGGGUAGCUCGUCUCGAGCGUUUAAGGAGGCGGCGAGGAUUCUGAGGGGAAGUGUAGCUUGGGCGAGGAUCAGUCGGAUGAUUGCGCGCUCGUUGAUGCAGUCGCUGAGGGGGGAGAUGUUGACCAUGUCGGCUUCGUGAU